AUUACAAAUACAAUAAAUUCGGCAUCAAUAUUCCCAAUAGUUGUCUUUGAACAAGUGAAUAGAUCAGCAACACAUCAGGAGCCACUUUUAGCCUUCCACUAUGGCAGCAAGUAAUGAUCCCAUGGCUGGUCAGGUGUCCAUGAUGGCAGUUUCACAUAUACCUGUUGGUUGCCCCCCAGGCCUGGAGUACUUGUCCCAGAUUGAUCAGCUCCUUGUUAAGCAGAAGGUUGAGUUACUUGAAGUUAUAUUGGGCUGGGAGACCAAUAAUAAGUACAUGGUGAAGAAUAGUAUUGGGCAACAGGUGUUCUUUGUGGCUGAGGAAAACGACUGCUGUAACAGACAGUUCUGUGGACCAUUGCGAUCUUUUGUUCUCCACGUUCAGGAUAACAUGGGACAGGAAGUGAUGACAUUCACACGGCCUCUGAAAUGUGGGUCCUGCUGCUGCCCCUGUUGCCUACAAGAGAUUGAAAUCCAGUCCCCCCCUGGCAACCCAAUUGGAUAUGUCAUCCAAAACUGGCAUCAAUACCUCCCCAAGUUUACUGUACAGAAUGAGAAAAGAGAGGGAGUUCUGAAGAUUGUGGGGCCGUUCUGUACAAUCAAAUGUUGCUCUGAUGUGAAGUUUCAUGUUUUGUCCAUGGAUGAGUCCACAGAAGUGGGCACAAUCUCUAAACAGUGGUCAGGUCUGGGGAGAGAAGCUUUCACUGAUGCGGACAAUUUUGGCAUCUGCUUUCCUGUGGAUCUGGACGUGAAGAUCAAAGCUGUUCUUUUUGGAGCAUGCUUUCUCAUAGAUUUCAUGUUCUUUGAACAUAAUAAAUAAAAUAUAUUUUUCUGGAUACCAAGUUCUUACUUUGAAUUCUUCAUUGUGCAUUUUUGGAUGUAAUCCAUGGAUUCAAAAAGUUCUUCUGUGGUAUUUUUAACAUGCUUUUUGUGGAUGUUUAGGUUACCG